UGGUCGCCAUUAUGCUGCGGAACAGGCCGCAGACGUGAAUUGUUCGGAGUACUGUUCCGUUCAUUGUUUUCGGAUCUUACGUCUUCCCUUUCCCCCCUUUUCCUUUUUCCCUUUCUAGGUCGUGGAGAUGCCGCGCGUCUAUAUCGGCCGCUUAAGCUACCAUGUACGGGAAAAGGAUAUUCAGCGCUUCUUCAGCGGCUACGGCCGCUUGCUCGAGGUCGAUUUAAAAAAUGGGUAUGGGUUUGUGGAAUUCGAGGAUUCCCGCGAUGCGGAGGAUGCCGUUUACGAGCUGAACGGCAAGGACCUGUGCGGGGAGCGGGUGAUUGUGGAGCACGCCCGCGGUCCCCGCCGGGACAGGGACGGCUACAGCUACAGCAGCCGCAGUGGAGGAUAUAGCAGUCGAAGAGCAUCAGGAAGAGAUAAAUAUGGACCACCUGUUCGUACAGAAUACAGAUUAAUUGUUGAAAACCUUUCCAGUCGCUGUAGUUGGCAAGAUUUGAAAGAUUUCAUGAGGCAAGCUGGUGAAGUAACUUAUGCGGAUGCUCACAAAGAGCGCACUAAUGAAGGUGUAAUUGAAUUCCGCUCUUACUCUGACAUGAAACGUGCUCUGGAUAAAUUGGAUGGUACAGAGAUAAAUGGACGAAAAAUCAGGCUUGUUGAAGACAAGCCAAGAUCAAGCCACAGAAGAUCUUACUCUGGCAGUAGAUCAAGGUCACGUUCAAGAAGGAGGUCACGUAGUAGAAGUCGUAGGAGCAGCCGCAGUAGAUCCCGUAGUGCCUCAAAAAGCCGAUCACGUUCUAAAUCUAGGUCUCGAAGCAAAGAUCAUUCACGUUCCAGAUCUAAAGGCAGAAAGUCUAGAUCAAAGAGCAAGUCUAAAGUGAAAUCUGAUAGAGGUUCACAGUCCCGCAGCAGAUCCAAAGAGAAGUCUGAGAAGUCUCGCAGUAGAUCCAGAUCUGUGUCUCGAUCACCCAAAGAAAAUGGUAAAGGAGAAGAAAAGUCUAAAUCAAGAUCAAGAAGCAGAUCUCGUUCCCAUUCACCUUUGCAGCACCAACCUACAAAAGCUCAUUCAGAGUCCCCACCCAAAAGAGCUGCAUCACGGUCCAGGUCACGAUCACAUUCAAAAUCCCACUCACGUUCAAGAUCCAGUUCACAGGAUUAAGGCUGGAACUUUCUUCCCCCUUCACUUGAUUAUGGAACAUUUGUAUGCCAGGCCAGAAGUCUUUUUAUGUUAGUAUUGGAGAAGCUGGCCCAUUUGGUUGCAGGAUGAAAUGGCCUGAAAACCAAGUAAAUGAGGCAAAGGUUGAAAUGCCUAAAACUUUCUGAAAGGUUGUGCAGAGGUGGCAGAGAGCAGGAAAAGAAUCUCUUUUUGUAGAAAUUAGGGCAAAUCUUUGAUUUUUUUUUUAAUAGCGUUGCAGCAAAAAUCUGUGGCAUGGAAAAUGCGUUUUUUAAUAAAGUAUGAGUACAGAAGGUUUUUGGAAAACAGUUCUUCCUAAAUAUUUUCAUUAUUUUAAAAAUAGCUUUUAAAGAUACACAAGAGCCUUAUUGAACUGAUUGGAGAUGCCUCUCAAGCCAACACUGAGUUUUAAUUUGAACACUUUGUCUAUGCUGUCCAAUAAUUUGCCAAAAGUUACUUUUCUGCUCCUCACCAUCUUGAAUCAGUAUCAACAACUUAAUAAAAACUGCCCUCUAACCUUGCACAGUGCAGUUCUGCCUAACAAGAGAAAGCUAAUGCAGUGUUAUGUAUUUGAACAAGGCUCCAGCUGCCAUAUAAAUUUGUUUCCCAAGUACUUUAGUUUAUUUUGCUGUCCUUUUGCUACUGCGUAAGAGGUUAAGCAAGUUUCCCUAAAAUUGACAGCAACAUGGGAACUUAAUAUACUGGAGCUGAAGUUCUCAUUUUAAUGGGUUAACUUAAACUAGCCUUUCCCAUGCAAUUUAUACAACUUAAUUAGAACCCAGUCACAGUGUCCUUUGUAUGUUACAAAUCAGUUUAGCAACUAUAGCAGAUAUUAGCCCAGCCUUGUAAUCUUUAUACAAUGUGUAGUUUGACUUGUAUAAAAUUAAAUCAGUGACUCCACA